AUGGCUCGAGGACGUCCCGCCGGCUCGAAGAACAAGGCUAGCCCCAAGAAGGGAGGCAAGAAGGCCAAGGACCCCAACGCCCCCAAGCGCGCCAUGUCCGCCUUCUUCUUCUGGCUCGGGGAGAACCGUCAACGCAUCAAGAAGGACGGUAUGGGCGUCGCUGAGGUCGCCAAGGCCGCCGGAGAGGAGUGGGGUGUCCUGAAGGACAAGUCGAAGUGGGAGAAGAUGGCCGAGAAGGACAAGCGCCGCUACGAGACCGACAUGGCCGCCUACAAGAAGAAGAAC